AUGGGUAAAGUAACCUGGUUACCUGUUCAGGAGCUAAUUAAGGGGUGGACGGAUAGUGAUGUAAUUAAAAAUUUACAUAGUUCGGAUAAACAAAGUUUCGAAGAUAAUCAAGAGCUACGACCGUAUAGAAGAGAGUCCAGCGAAAAUUCUCGGGGAAGAAGAUUGGAGAUAAGACAGAAUUCUGAAUCGCGAAAAAGAGAAAUAAUGAGUUGUUUUAAUUGUGAUAAGCCAGGUCAUAUGCUCAGAGAUUGUCGCGAGGCAAAAUGUUUUGGUUUUGGGAAGUUGGGACAUAUAGCUCCUUAUUGUCCAGGUAAACAAGAGAGAUUAAGAUGUGCGGGUUGUGGUCGGUUUGGGCAUAAUAAAGAAGAGUGCAAUACGAACAAUUAUGACAAUAAAAGCGGUUUUCCCAAGAGAGAAAUGGGUAUGAAUGCUUCGAAUGUAAGGACGAUUGAAUGGAAAAAGGGGGAAAAGUUCUGGCCAUAA